UAUAAGGUGCGUUUCCCUUUGUGCGGCGCACUCAUUUAUGAUUCACUUUAACGUGUGAAGAAACAUCUUAUAGAUUUUGUAAUAUGCCUAAUGAUUCCAACCAAAAUGGCCAGGGUCUAGAGCAGCAGUUCGCUGGUCUAGAUUUGAACUCCGCAAACCGCGGACGCGGAGGUGGACAAUACUACAGAGGUGGACCACCUCAGCAGAAUGGAUAUGGAGGAUUUGGUAGAGGCGGCUCUAAGUAUGUGCCUCCUCACCUGAGGAGUGGCGGAGGUCCAGCCCCACCACAUGUCCCUCCGCAAGGAUAUGGACAGCCCAAUUUUCCUCCACAAGGCAACUUUAACCAAGGUGGUUACGGCCAGUUUGGAAACCGCGGCGGGUUUAAUAACUUUGGCGGACCGCCUGUCGUCCAGUAUCCGGCCACAUUUGGGGUGCCACAAGGAAUGGAUGGAGGUUUCCGUGGAGGUCCACAAGGCGGAGACUUCAGCAGCUUUAACAGAAGAGGCGGAAUGGGAGAUCGCGGUGGAAGAGGUGGCAGAGGAGGCUAUAAUAACAGGGGAGGAUACAAUGAUGGCGGCCAACGCUGGAACCGUGGACCGUCGGAGGAUCGUGACGGCUGGGGUGGUGGCGGCGGCAGUGGACGCUGGCAAUCAGGUGACAACCAACGCGGCGGUGGUGGUGGUGGCUGGGGCGGUAACGACCGUGGACGUAAUGACGGCUGGCCCACCAACAACCGCUGGCUGGCCGGGAACGAAGACUUCCAGCCGCGCGAUGGACGUCGCUGGAAUGACGAGGUGGACACCAGCACAGACUGGAGUAAACCACUGCCCAGGAAUGAGAGGAUGGAGACCGAGCUGUUUGAGCAGGCUCAUCGUGGCAUCAACUUUGACAAGUAUGAAGACAUCCCUGUGGAGGCCACUGGAGAGAGUGCUCCAGAAAACAUAGAGGAUUUCUCUGAUGCCCAUCUUGGUGAAAUCAUCUCCAACAACAUCAAGCUGUGUAACUACACCAAGCCCACGCCCGUACAGAAGUACGCCAUCCCCAUUAUCCUGGCCAAGCGUGAUCUCAUGGCGUGUGCACAGACAGGUUCUGGCAAGACUGCAGCCUUCCUGGUGCCCAUCUUGAACCAGAUCUAUGAGAAAGGACCAGGAAACAUGCCCAUGCCCAAGGGUGGUGGCCGUAGCCGCAAGCAGUACCCACUGUCCCUGGUGUUGGCACCUACACGUGAGCUGGCUUCUCAAAUCUACGACGAGGCCCGCAAGUUUUCCUACCGCUCUCAUGUACGCCCAUGUGUAGUGUAUGGAGGCGCUGAUGUUGGUGGACAGAUGAGAGACUUAGACAAGGGCUGUCAUUUGCUGGUGGCGACACCUGGUAGACUGGUGGACAUGAUGGAGAGAGGAAAAGUUGGCCUGGACUACUGCAAGUUUUUGGUCCUUGAUGAGGCAGACCGUAUGCUGGACAUGGGUUUCGAGCCCCAGAUUCGCCGCAUUGUGGAGCAGGACACUAUGCCACCGCGCGGAGAGCGCCAAACCAUGAUGUUCAGCGCCACCUUCCCCAAGGAAAUCCAGAUGUUGGCUCGUGACUUCUUGGAGAACUACAUCUUCUUGGCUGUGGGGCGUGUUGGCAGCACCAGCGAGAACAUCACCCAGAAGGUUGUCUGGGUGGAAGAGAAUGACAAACGGUCCUUCUUGCUGGACUUGCUGAAUGCUGCAGAUGUCAACACCCUCGGCCCAGAAUCUCUGACCUUGGUCUUUGUGGAAACCAAGAAGGGAGCCGAUGCCCUGGAGGACUUCCUGUACAGGGAGGGUUACCCAGCAACCAGUAUCCAUGGCGAUCGUAACCAGAGGGACCGCGAGCUUGCUCUUCAUACAUUCCGCUCUGGCAAGUGUCCUAUCCUAGUGGCAACUGCUGUUGCUGCCCGUGGACUGGACAUCCCCAAUGUGAAACACGUCAUCAACUUUGAUCUGCCCAGUGACAUCGAAGAGUACGUCCACCGCAUUGGGCGUACUGGGAGAGUGGGAAACCUGG